UCGUAAAAACUGCUAGACUUAUACUCUUAGAGCAUAACCUCAAAAAUAUUCAGUGCCGAAAUGUACAUGCGUUUAAUUUUAGUUUUACUAUAGAACGUUCAGUUUAAUUAAACAAAAGUGCAAAAGUGUAUUAUUAGUUACAAUGGCCAGUGACAGAACCAGAAAAAUAAUGAGCCUUGUUGAAACUAAGGGAAAAGAGCGGAAUGAAGAUGGUCAACAAGCAGAUCUACGCAAAAAUCUUUGCCAACCAUCAAAUUCUAUGCAGGACUUUUCCUCAAUACUAGGAGUUCCAGGCCCAUCCAAACCAACUGAUGUACUAUCGGAAUGUAGUGACGACAGCGUGGCUGACAAAAGUUAUAGUCCAGAUGCAUCCGAAUCAAGUGACGACAAUGAUGUGCACGUAUUUAAGACCGUUUCAGCAUUGAAGAUAUCAAAGAGACCCAGAAAUAAAAAACCAUGCGCAGCUGCUCAAAAAGAUGUUGCGGUGGAAAAUUCAAGACAAAAUGGUGCGGAGAAAGGCACUUAUUCGAGAAAGAAGAGAAGCGAAAGAAAAGAAAAAAGAAACACCGGAAAAAGUUACAUAACGGCUAAAAAUAAAGUAGUGAAAGAGAGAGUGUCAAAGCCCUUGGCGUCAUGCCGAAUGAAAUGUAGCCAAAAGCUGGAAGUGAAAUUUGAAGAGAGAACUAUUAGAGAAAAAAUAUUUCAAGAGUAUUGGGCACUUGGUGACAGAAACAAAAGAGUAAGAUUUAUUGCUGGAUUAGUUGAUACUAAAGAGCCCGCUUCUUCGAGAAAAAGAACAGUAGAUCCUGAUAAAGAAAAAUUCCGCACGAAGACACAUAUCUUUCACUUUGUUAUUAAUGGUGAAAGGGUUCGUGUGUGUCGUGCCUGUUUCAUGAAAACGCUUGGGGAAACACAAAUGUUCGUUACAUUGUCUCUCUGUAAUAAGAAUAGCACAUUAUCUGGAAUCACCUAUGAUGAUAAUAGGGGUAGAUCAGUUUCCGCUAACAAACAUUCCAUUGAAACACUACAACAAGUUAAAGACCACAUAUCAUCGUUUCCCCUAUACCAAUCACACUAUACACGAAGGGAAAGUAGCAGGAGAUACUUACCUCCUCAUUUAAGUCUAAGUUUGAUGUACAGUCUUUACUGUGACCAAAUUAAUAGCAUCCAAAGAAAGCCAGUAUCCAGGCAAAUCUACGAAAGAGAAUUUCACAAAAUGAACUUAAGCUUCAAAGAACCCAAAGUCGAUACUUGUAAUAAAUGUGACUUGCUCAGAAUGAAAAUCAGAGUAGCAGGGGAUGAAGAAGAAAAGAAGAAAAGUGAAGAGGAGUUAGCUAUACACCAUUUAGAAGCUGAUAACGCGUACGAAGAGAAAAGAAAAGAUAAGGAACUGGCAGCAAAUGAUCAAACUCGGCGUUGUUUUAUGUUUGAUUUGCAGCAAUGUUUACCAACCCCCAUGUUGAAUACGUCAGUUGCCUUUUACAAAAGGCAACUUUGGACUUUCAACCUAACCUUACAUGAAACUAGUACUCAAAAUGUUAGAUGUUACAUGUGGCAUGAAGCUGAGGGUGGCCGGGGAGGAAACCAAAUAGCUACAUGCAUUUUAAGGAACUUACUUCGCUUCCUCAACAGGUAUCAAAGGUAA